UGGGACGACUGGAUGAGGCAGCCGGAGCAGCGCCGGGGCCGCUCGUGCGUCCGGCCCGAGGUGUCCCGCACCAUGACCUUCGGCAGGAAGGGCGUGAGCCACGGCCAGUUCUUCGACCAGUACCUGAAGUUCAUCAAACUCAACGACCACUUCGUGCCUUUCACCCGCCUGGACCUCUCUUACCUCAAGAAGGACGAGUAUGAGCACUCCUUCCUGCCCAGGGUCUACUCGGCGCCCGAGGUGAGGGUGGAGGAGCUCCAGGGCAACAGGAGGAGGGAUUUGGGGGCCGUCAGGCUCCAGUACAGCGGCCGAGACGCCUUCAAAGCCUUUGCCAAGGCUUUGGGGCUCAUGGACGACCUCAAAUCCGGCGUCCCCCGCGCCGGCUACCGCGGCAUCGUCAGCUUCGUGUACCGGGGCCGCCGCGUUUACCUGGCACCCCCCCAGGACUGGACGGGCUACGACCCCACCUGGAGUUAGCACCUGCCCCCUCAAAGCACUUUGGGGGAGUUCUCCCCCUCUUUUAGGUGUUUGGGGUGGGUUCGGUGCCAUUUCGGUGCCCCCGGGCCGAGCGCCGCUCGCUGGCGGGGCCCAAAGGUGGUUUUACAGAAUAAAAGGUCAAAAACGGAAAUUCCACCUCAGAAUUCCCACCYGUGGCUCCUGCUCAGAGUUGGCACCUGCUCCUGGCAAACUUCUGGGGGGUUGCCCUCAUUAUUUUAGGGGUUUGGUGCCCCAGCCGAGCGUUGCUCUGUCGCCGCCGCUUGUGGUGCUGAAAGGUUAUUUUGCAGAAUAAAAGGUCAAAAAUGGAAAUCUCA